AAAGUCAUUAUUUAGAUAUAACUAAGGCAAAAAAAAAAAAAUUUGUCAUUUUGCACAUUGGUCCUAAGGCUAGUUAUUAUAUAUGCAUGUAAGAAAUGGUGAUUGCUCUCAUAAAUUCCAAUCUAAAAUUCAAUUUCUUCUCCCUCUGUCUUUAAAUCAGGCAAACUAAUAUUUCUGCAAGUCAGUUUCAACAAUAUUCUUUCAUAUCAAGAAACACUAUUCUCAAUCUUUCUUGCUUCACCUUUUCUUGCAUGAUCCAUCACUAGAUCCUUUUAAUUCCAUCCCCCAAAAAAAAAGGAAAAAAAAAUGUCAACCCCUAUAAUAAUAACAAGAACUUCAUCAUCCAAAACAUCCGAAAUAAUCACGAAAAACACCCGCGACCCUUCGUUUUCUUCCUUCUUGGACGGAGCCGAAGAAACGUUCGUCCUCAAAUUGGGCGGCGGCGGCGCCACGCAGGAUCACAACUUCGUCGGAAAGAAAAAAUCCGACGACAGAGAAAUCGACGUCUUCGAUGCAGAGAAGUACUUCAACGAAGGGCUGACGAACCACGCUACUCCGAAAGCAGUCGGUGCGAAAAUUUUAUCGAAAAAAGACGAACCCGUCGAAAUAUUCGCGGGUAAAGAGAAGGGCACCAAAUCAAACGGGACUCUUAGUCUCCGUUCGGAAUCGAGCUCGAAUAGCCGGAGCACAUUGUUACUACAAACCAACUCAAAAAAGCAGCACCACCUUAAAAAACCAGCAAAUUACAAGAAGGGCUUUCUUGCCACCAUUGGCUGCAACUGUUCCUGCACCGACAAAAAUUCCGUAGUAAUCGAAAACGGAAAAUCAAGACAAGAAAAUCACAAAACCAGAGACCAUCUUGUUCGAAAAUCGCUGUCGGAGUAUACCUGCGUGAGAUUCGAAGAAUCGGAGCUCAGAGUUAGCUCCGAGGGCCACUUCAGCUUCCCUGUUUUCAACUCCAAGAAUGGAAAGCCACAAGAUAAUGGCAAGAAAAAGAAAAAUAAUAAUAAUAAUAGUUGCUUAAGCUUGGAGGAGAAGCUAACAAUGAUGAACUGGGAUGCAGAUCAAGAAACUAAAAUCCCACAAAUUUCAAGAACGGACAACGACAGCGACAGCGAUGCGAGUUCGGAUUUGUUCGAAAUCGAGAGCCUAUCGAAAGGAAACAGCUCUUAUCUAUCGAGGCAAGCAUCGGACGGGCUUUCGUGCGUAACUCCAACAAACUGUUACGCGCCGAGCGAGGCCAGCAUCGAGUGGAGUGUUGUCACUGCCAGCGCUGCAGAUUUCUCCGCUAUAUCCGAUUCCGAAGAAUUAAAAUACUCCAAUUCCAAAACGGGGUCGAAGGAAGUAGUGCCUAAAGUAGUUCGGCCGAGUAUUCUUUCGGGUUGCAAGAGUGAUAAAGCUGUUGGUGUUGUUGGAGAUGCUCAUAAUAAUAAUAAUAAUAAUAACAAUAGAUCGAACGAGCAGUUAGGUAAUAUUUCAAACUCAAGAAGGCAUCUUGUGGGGGAAUCUUUAAUACAGCCGCUGACGAGAUUCCAUGAGGAGAUUAAGGUGGCGGGUUUUGAUUCUCGCAUCAGACGACAGUCGUUCGAUGCGCGCGUUCUAUCACGGCCUGGAACCGCUGCAGCACAUCUCCUGUACACUUAGUAAACAAAAAAAACAAAAACUAUAUGUAUGUUAUAUUUUAUGUUUCACUGUCUGUUUUUUUUUAUUUUCUUUAUUACCAAGUUGUUGGAGUCAUAAGAUCAGUUAUUUAUCUUUGUGUGUAACUAUUAAGACGCAACUGAAUGCUGCACGGAGGUGUAAGUAAUUACAUGUAUGUACAUUUUUUUUUGUUU